GGAAGCAGCGUGAGGUUACCAAAGUCUCUCCUGAAGUGUUGCACCUGUCGUCAGAAAGUCCCCAGCUGCCGUUUGUCUGCCCAUCGCUUCCUUCAGAGGUGUCUGAGCAGCACAGACAAGAUGUUGAGAAGUGCCUCAGCACAGCUCUUCAGACAGGCGGUGAGAUACAGGAGCACAGACACCAGCCUCAUCCUGGAGAGAUCGAUAAACCGCGUGCAGCUGUUGGGUCGGGUCGGUCAGGAUCCUGUGAUGAGACAAGUGGACGGUCGCAACCCCGUCACCAUCUUCUCGUUGGCUACAAACGAGAUGUGGCGCUCUGGAGACGGAGAGAUGACCUCAACAGGUGACAUCAGCCAGAAGACGACGUGGCAUCGCGUGUCCGUGUUCAAACCCGGUCUGAGAGACGUGGCCUACCAGUACGUCAAGAAAGGGUCCAGGAUUCUAGUAGAGGGGAAACUGGACUACGGGGAGUAUGUGGACAAGAACCAAGUGAGACGUCAGGCCACCACCAUCAUCGCAGACAACAUCAUCUUCCUGAGCGACAACGUGCGAGACAGAGUCUGAAGGACUUCUCCACAACAUGACGACUUCUUUUUCUACCUUCUUGUUCAAACCUACAUAAGACUGAGAACCUGAAAGCCUCCAAGGAAAGGAACCAAUUGACCCAUCAGAGAGGGGGACAGAAUAAGCUGUGACACUCUGAUCAUGUUUGACUGUUGGAAGAAGAAGACUUUGAUGCAUCAAGAAGAAAAAGGAAACAGCCUGCUCUUGUAGUGUGUGUGUGUAUAGAUAUAUAUAUAUAUACACAUAUAUACACUUACUGGUUGAGUUUGAUUGUGUACAUAACAGUUAAAAAGACGCACUUAAUGUCAUAUUUGCUUGUUUUCAAGUUUUAUAUGUGAGAAUAAUGUUGAAAGCACGAGUUUAAGGGAGGAAAUCAUUUUGUUAAUCCAUCCAAAUAGUUUGGAAAUACUUCUCUUAAAUCAUAAGUGGUAGUUCGCUGACUUGGUACAAGGUUUUAAAAAAAAAUUAAGUUGUAGCUCUCUUAAGCGACUUUUCCUCGUGUUGGAGAUCAAAGACAAAGUUUUCAAAUGAUAGUUUGUCGUCAUGGUGUCAGGUAAGACAACUUCUCUUUAAGCUCAGUAGUUCAGAAAUCAUUUCUGGGAGUGAAAGGCGACUCGAGCUGCUGCCAAAAAUCAAAUCUGACAUGGGACACAACAAAUAAUAUUUUUUACCAUUUUCUCUUUUCUUGCUGGUUUAUUUAUAACUGUUUAUUUUGCUAAGAAAGUUGCAAAAUUACCUCUUUAUUUCACAUUAUCACCUUCCGGUUCAACUUCUCCAUCUCCAAAUUUGGUGUUUUUUUUUUUUUUCUUUUCUUUUCAACAAGGACUGUACUUAUACAGGAUUAUCUAAAAAAAAAAAAAACACCAUGGCAACCUCAAUACCUAAAUAUCUCUUUCUAAACCUGAGAGAGGUGAGCUGUUGAUUAUUAUUCCAUACGGUUUAAUUCCUUUGCUACCUCUCAUUUGCAAGGAGAAAGCUGUCGUCCUUAAAGAAAACAGUAUCAAGCUAGUUAGUGUGAGUCCUCUGCCCUGAAUAAAACACACCAGAUUGACCUCAAGUGCUGCAUUGGAUUUGGUUUGAAUGUUUUAACUCAUCACACAGUCGACUUCAAAGCAUUUAAAGUUAACCCUCUGUUAUGUGACAACAAGUUUGACCCAUUUGACCUCAAACUAUUCAUGAGACCUCACCUUUUUAAAAAGGUUUUUUGUUUUGGACUCGUCUCACUCUCUGUUUCUCUUGCACUUUUCACUUCAUGUAAAUCUGCAGAUGACGGAAACAGCUGAGAGUCGAAAAACAACGAGACUAACGUGAAUUUAUAAUAUUUAUGGAAUAGUUAAAACUGCACAUUAUUUGACUAACAUGACAGUUGGAUUUGUGUAAUUGCAUUUCUUCUUGUUUUCUGCCUUGUCACUCUUUUGUCAACUGUUAUCACACUUAUCUGUUUUUCAUUUCCUUCCUGGACAGCGGCUGGUUGCUUUCAGCUCACUAGUGUUGUUUCAUUUCUCUGUAACGGUUCAUGUAAUAGACUUUUUUUUUUUUCCUCCCAGUAUCAAGAAGUGAUGUUACAAAAUACUUUAACUUUGAGAUAAAGGAGAAUAAUAAGAAGUAAAUGAUUGAAAAACAACCAUAAUAACAUACAUGAUAAAAAAUUGUGGCAGAUAUUUGCAUAAAAACUCAUUAAAACAUGUAUUUUUAAGUUCAUGAAAUGUAAACAUUGUAAUAUGACUGACUUUUAAAUGUCCACACUGCUGGGCGUUGAUUGGCUGAUUCUGUGACAACGCGGGCGGGCUUUUACGUAAAAGGUGUGCUUGGCCUAAAGUGAUUGGUCGCAGGAAUUCAAGAAGUCUUUCUCGAUUGGCCGAGUCAGCUGUCAGUUAAAGGCGCGGGAGGGCACAGCCGCACGGGAGCAUGGGCUUUAAACAGAGGAGACAUCCGAUUGGUCAGGCGGCAGGGUGUGGGCGGGGCUGUGAGUUGUGGAGAAACCUGUGGCUUCAGUUUAGAGAAGCGUCAACGAGCGAGACCGGAAAUGUGCACGUAAAAAUAAAAGCUCAAAAAAUAAAUUAUAACGAUAAAUACAUAAAAGCUUAGUAAAAGUUUUUGAUAAACAAACAUAUACAUAA